AUUGUUUAUUUUUAUGAGUAACUUUAAGUCACACCGUUCAUCAUGUAAACCGCCUGAGAGAAAUAUUUGUCCUUUUACCAUGUUUAGUAUACAUUAUUUGCUUGUUUUGAUUACACUGGUGUUCAGCUGUAAACUCAUCAAGGUCUCUGGGUUGAAGAUAACACCGCGGAAUCAGAGCAAGGCGUCAAGAAAUCAGUCACUGGAAAACCAUUUUACGGCGUGGAUACAUAAAAACAGUGCCAUAAGCUUAAAUAAUCGUCCGACCAAGCGACACUCUUUUGAGCGAUUAAAUGUGGACGAUAACGUUGAAUCCAAUUAUGAGACCUCAUACGACAAACAAGAUAUGGACGAUUUUGAUGUGAACAAUGCAGGAGAGAAGCUACAGACAAGCUUCAGACAAGUGAUUUUAGAUCCAAAUGAGGCGAAUACUUUACGAGUUCCUCAUCCAUAUCCUUUCCAGCCAAUUCAUGUACGCCGUGACUGGCAUCCCCAAAUAGAACCGCUGGAGAUAUUCCCAAAUCCCAUUCAAGUUCAUCAUUACAGGAAAGUUCCAGUUGCAGUUCAGGUGCCGAGAUAUGAAAUUGUUCCAAAACCUUUUUAUGUUCCUUUAAGAGCAUCGCCAGAUUACAGUGUGCUGCACGUAGAUGUUUAUCACCCAGCUAAUCCUUGCAGAAAUGGCGGCCUUUUGCUAUCCAGUCGCUUUGGCUAUCAUUGCUUGUGUUCAAAGGAUUACAAAGGAAGGUUUUGCGAUGCCAAGUUAUACUGCUCUUCGAGCCCAUGUGAACAUGGUGGAAAGUGCGAGGAAAUAGAGAACAAUUAUCAAUGUCAGUGUCCAACAGGAUACAUGGGUUACAACUGCGAAGAGAAGAACUUUUGUAGACCAAACCCGUGUAAAAACGACGGACAGUGUGUGGAGACAAUUAGCAAUUACAAGUGUUACUGCAGAUCUGGAUUCACAGGGAAGCAUUGCGAAGACUUAGAUUACUGUGAUCCAAACCCAUGUCAACAUGGCGGCACAUGUCAACAGAGACACGCCUCUCACGAAUGCAUCUGCAGAGAAGAAUUCAAAGGAAAACUGUGCGAAAAGAAACGAGUGUGUCUUGCUAAUCCGUGCAAAAACGGCGGCGAAUGCGUUGAGGAUAACUCCAAUUAUCCCUGCAUAUGUCCGAUGGGAUAUAGUCCGCCAUAUUGCAGAGUCCAUGUUUGUGACUCCAACCCCUGCCUAAAUGACGGUAAAUGCGUUCCGGGGAAAGCAGGAGGGCACUGGAAAUACCAGUGCAUUUGCUCCCUCCUUUACAAAGGAGAAAAUUGUGAAAUUCCCAAUCCUUGUGUAACAAAUCCGUGUUUACAUGGUGGAAGAUGUAUUGAUACUUUUAGCAAGUACACAAACUUUCCAAAGGACUGGGACAUAGGCUUUUUACAUUACUACUGCGCAUGUCCACCGGAUUAUACAGGGCAGAAAUGUGAAGAAAAUUUGUGUCUAAGGUGCGACGUAAAUGCAACUUGCCAAAGUGGACAGUGCAUCUGUAAGGAUGGAUUCAGAGGAGAUGGCUUCAAAUGCACUGCCAUCAAGGAUCCAUGCGUUCCAAACCCAUGUCGAAAUAACGGGACAUGUAGCAAGGGACCUGAUGAAAGCUUCGACUGCACGUGUCCAGAGGGAUUUUUUCCCCCUCUUUGCACAACGGUAGAUGUUUGUAUCCCUAAUCCUUGUAAAAAUCAAGGGAUUUGCACAAAGGAUGGCGUCGAUCGAUAUCAUUGCAUCUGCCCGGCGGGCUUUUUACCUCCUAAUUGUGUAAACAAGACUGUUGAUCCUUGCGUCCCUAAUCCAUGUCUAAACAGAGCAACUUGUCAGGCGUCACAAGAUAAAAAGAGAUUUACCUGCAACUGCAGAGGAAGUUUUAAGCCUCCUCUUUGUGCAUGUGACUGUCCAAAAGGAGAUCCUUUGUGGGUUCCUCCCAUUCUCGCUCAACAGUGCAAAGAAGAUGGAGAGUGUUACUGCCCAAGUUACAACGGUAAAACGCACUCUAAGACAGAGAGAGGCUGCGUAGAGUCAAGACAGGAUCCCUGCGAUAGUAAUCCGUGUCAAAAUGGCGGUGUGUGUUCUGCUGACCCUGACAAUUUGUCCUUCACUUGUCAAUGUCCUGAGCCAUGCACGGGAGAUCGCUGUCAAAAUUGUAACAUUGACGAGAUUUGUACUCCUGGAUAUUGCAAGAACAGUGGAACCUGUAUAGUUGUGGGAACGAAGCCUUUCUGCAAGUGUCCUCCAAGUUACCUUCCCCCUCUAUGCCUGAUGCAUGUUAACACAACAGAUAACCGAAGUCUUUGUCAUCCCAACCCAUGCCAAAAUGGUGGAAAAUGCAGGCAAGUGAGACCGAACAGCCUUGAAUGUAGCUGCUCCAAGCAGUACCAUGGAAGAUACUGUGAGCGUGACAAGUGCAUGGAUUGUGAUGUCCAUGCCAUAUGCUACAAUGGCCGUUGUAAAUGCAGACCGGGCUACAAAGGAAGUGGAUUUCAUGGAGAUUGUAAACCAGUGUCUUUCUGUAACACCUGUCCGCUAAACGCCGUCUGUGUUGGCGGAGAAUGCGCUUGUAUCGCGGGAUUUUACUUUAUUGAUAACACUUGUCAGAAAAUAGGUGAGUCGAUGUAUGUUUUUUGUAAUUAUCUAAAUUGAUUCAGUCAUUUUGUUAUAUAUCUCUCGUUCAUUUGCUUAUUUAUUCAUUUUUUCAUUUUCCUGCUCUAGUUGGAUACUAAUUCAGUUUGGUAACGUAUGCAUGACUGAAGCAGUUGCUGAGGACAAGGACUUCGAAAGCACGCACAUUAGGUCGAAUCAGAUCCGAAUAGUUAUCCAGCCCAACCCUUUCCUAAAAUCCUAAUUCUUAUUCUGAUUCUCACGAUUUGAAGGGUGUGACAUCCUUCAAAAUUUUAGGAUUAAUGAAUCGACUUCUUCCAAUGUUAAUUAGAGAUACGUGUAAUUUACGUUUUUGAUGUUUCCAAAAACAGUUCCUUGCGUGCACUUCGCACUUAGCACACGGCUUUAUUGUCUUUAUAAAGCAACAUAGCUAUUUACAAUAAACUAAACAUAAAGCUAUCACUACUCAAGGUUACGUUACAAUUUAUAAUUUAAUUAGAUACUUGAAAUCAAGUAAAUAUUAAUUUUAUGCCACAUGCUGCAUACAAAGAAAAAAAAAAGAUGCCGCCAUGGAAGCCAAACCUGGUCCAAGUUAUCGGUAAUGUGGCCCGUGUGUAUGCCAUUAGAUUAGCUACAAAUGAUUUUUUUUCUCUCUCUUUUUCUGUUUUUUCUUUGUUUGUUUGUUUCAAUGGAUUUGCUUAUUUUUUGAAAUAAUAUAUUACAGUUAAGUUUCGUCAUCAUAA